CUGAAUGGGAACCUCAUUUUGUUAGGGAUUAAUUAUAUAAUGGCUCCCAACAUAAUUUGGGUUAAGGUGAUGAUAUUUGGAAUUAGAACUUGUACAUAGUAUAGUUUGUUAAACAUAAUAGACUAAAAGGAUUUACAAGCUCGUUUGAUGGAGAAAAAGCUCAAAUGUAAUUUAUGCUGAAAUUAUACUCAGCUGUACUUUCUAAAUGAGGAUUUUAGGUGAUCAUAUGACAUCAAAUCUGCACUUCAUUGAGUGACAAUUUAGGAAUGUAAACAAUAAAGGUUGUACAUUUCAGGUCCUUGUUGGAACAGGAUCUCGUAUUAUGACUGUUAUCAGAAUCAAAUCUUUGAAGGUGUAUGCCUUUGGGUUUUAUGUUCAUCCCUUUGAUGUCUGCCAGAAGUUAGGUCAGAAAUAUGCUUCUGUUCCAGCAUGUGAGCUGAACAACCUCUCUGAGUUUUACCAGGAUCUUUUGAGGGAGGAUAUCAACAUGACUGUUAGGCUUGUGGUUAGCUGCAAUGGAAUCAAGUUUAAAACGGUCAAGGAUGUUUUUGAGAAAUCUCUGCGUGCUCGAUUGUUGAAGACAAACCCGGAUACUGAUUUUCACUGCAUACAAAGAUUUGGCUCUAUUUUCUCACACGACAUUCCUUUACAUGUUGGGACAACAAUCAAUUUUCGGCGUACGGCUGAUGGGCAUUUAAUCACCGAGAUUGGUGGCAAUCAUAUCGGAGCAGUUCAUAGCAAGGAGUUGUGUAGGGCAUUUUUUGAUAUGUACAUUGGUGAUUUUCCUAUUUGUGAGAAAACGAAGGAGCAGAUUGGACAAAACGUUGCUAGCAUUAUAAAGGGCUGUUGAGGUUUUUUUUCCCCUCUUCCACCCUACCACAGCAGUGCAUACAUUUAGUGGUGCAUUUCAUGCACAUUGUAAAAUUCAGUUAGCCUUUAUUUCAUGGCAGCCUUUUAGGUCAUAAUUGAGAUGACUUAGAAGCUGCCCUAUGUAUUGUUGUAAAAUCUCUCUUGUAGAGAUCAUUUUGUUUGCAGUCUCACUAGAAAGAAUUUAUUAGCACAAUAAAACUGUUGACAUUACAAAGAAUUGAGUGUUGUAAUUUGCUGUGUCACGAUUGUGUUUUAAAAAUGCUGAAUUGCUACCUAUAUGAGUGCUUG